AUGCGAGUAGAAAACUCCAUUUCGCGGGUGAAAUGCUACAAAGGAUACGCAGAUGACAUGUUGAUGAUCACAGGACAGACAGGACUGUUCCAGGCACUGAACACCACUCAUCCAAACAUUAAGUUAGCAGUCAAACGUGGAGUGUGUGACAUAGUCUCCUUUCUCGACAUCCAGCUGACCCCCCAAUAUGACGGAGUAUUCCAUAGAUGCCGAAAUGCUAUUCAGUAA